AUGCUCACGAACCUCAGAGAGGCUUCUUACAAAAGGAUCAGGGUUUUCCCGAUGUCUCCCCAGGAUGGCAUCCCGUCUCUUCCCAAAAGAUUCGCGCAGGUCAAAUCUGAUCUAAUAUCAAGCAAUGAGACCGCCAUUGCGGCGUCUUGGGGUCGUCUCCUCAAGCAACUUCGACAAGAGGUUGCAAUGAUCGCCGAAGCGAAUAGGACCGUCAUACCCACCAUCGACUUCCAGGAUCUUGAGGCUCCUUCCAAAAGAGAUACCUUCUUGGAAGACUUGAAAAUCCGAGGCGCAGCAGUGAUCCGAAAUGUCGUUCCAGAAGACGAGGCUCUGGUUAUGAAGAGCGAUCUUGAUGCAUACAUAGCCGACAACCCCCACACCAGAGCUUCGUCGCCGAAGGACUCUCAACUUUACGAGCUGUAUUGGAGUCUUGCGCAGCUGAAGGCUCGAGCACAUCCAAACAUGCUCAAGGCACAGAAGUUUGUCAUGAACGGCUGUUGGCAUCACUGUAUCGCACCAGGGACGUCAUCGGGAGGCGACGGCGUUGACAGUCAGGUGGACUCACGGACACGCAUCACGACAAACUUCCCGGUGGCCUAUGCAGACCGUGUGCAUAUUUCACAUCGAAGCCCUCAAGAAGCUCAGAGGUUUCAGCCCUCACUACCUCUAAAGGCUCAAGUUGACGGCGGCAGUGUCGAAAGAUGGGAAGCAGACGGUUACGGCGGGCGCUCGCAGAGGGGAACAUACCGGGACAUCUUCACAGGCCGCUGGGAGGAUUGGGACCCUUGGGACAUCAGUACCAGGCUAAACACCACCAGCGAUCUGUAUAAUGGUGCUAACACCUGCAGUGUCUUUCGCAUGUUCCAAGGCAUCUUCUCCUUGGGCACGGCGGACCGUCAGCAAAGCUCACCAUCAUCACUGCCAGCAACAGCACCAAUGGCCAUUUGUGCGCUGCCGGUGAGGCUGGUGACGGCCUAUUGGCUGCUGAGGCCCUUCUUCUCGCCCCGGAAACCAUGGGUCGGCAAGGGCCAGCGCGCAGCGGACUUCCUCGACCCGUCAAAUUGGGACCUGACGCCGUCGCAGAGCCCCAUCCUCCACGGCGCGCAGCCGUGCCACUCACAGGAAAUCAACGCGCUGCUUCAUCCUCACCUUCUCCUUGACAGGACGCUCGUGCCAGUCCCACCUCUACGACCAGGCGACUACGUCCUGUUCCACCCGGACGUGGCGUACGCCAUGACCCCGACACUGCCCAUGCCGCCAUCCGCCACGGGGCAGACACCCCCGCCCACCCCACAGCGCUCGAGAAGACCGUCAUCAUCCUGCUCGUCAUCCUCCUCCUCGGCACCGCCCUCUUCUACUACAUCCUCAUCAGCAACCUCAACGACACUCCUCUACAUCCCCGCCUGCCCCCUGACACAGACCAAUGCGCUCUUCCUGGCCCGGCAGCGAAAGGCCUUCCUGCUGGGCUUCCCGGGCCCGGACUUCGCGGGCGGCGGCGGCGAGAGCUUCCACAUGGGCCGGCCCGGCGUGCAGGAGGUCAACGAAGCGGGCGGCGAGGCCGCGCUGCGGGCGACGGGCCUGCUGGCGUGGGACGAGGAUGAUGCCACCGAGGGCGAUGCGGAGCGGAUGGUUCUGGCUGCUGCGAAUGGGAUACUGUUCCCGGACAGCUUUGCUGUGAGAUAG